CCGACCGUUGACGCCUUAUCGUGGGCCCAAUGUUUAUUAUCAUUAAUCACAAUCGGAAUGCGUACAUUUUAAACGGUAGUAGGUAAAUAAUAAUAAUAAUGCCUUUUACGCUAUGUUGCACAUUUGAGUUAUGAACGUUAUUGAAAAUAUUAAUAACACGUCGUUGUACGGUCUAGAUCGGCCACAGCUUACGCCAUAGGUGACUAAAAAACAUUUAGAUAGGUUUAUUAAUUUACGAUUAUUGCUUACCAGCAAUUUGUGUUCAUUUAACGCCAAGUUCCGAAUCUGUGAUCAAUGCGAUCUUCAGUCAGUGCCAUUUUGUCAACUCCAACACAGGAUCCAAAUAUGUCGCACCCAGAUUAUGAGAUGACUGUGUACGAUCACAGCACUCUACUCGUUUUGGUUAAACACCUGGGUGAAGAACUAUCAACAAAGAGUUUUAACCGUUUGUUUGAACGUAUUUGCCGUGUCAACCAGUUGCGUGUAGUCGAUGGAACUGGAGUGGAGCGUUGUGUUCAGGCUAGAUAUAUUAAAGACUACCCUGUCGGAAACAAUGAUUGGGGAGAUUUUCAAACACACAGACGCCUUUUAGGUCUUAUCACUGUAUCUAAAUGUAAAUUACAAGUUGAAUUAAAUGAAGUAUGUCGUUUACAUGAGAGUUUAAAAGUCAAAUACCAGUCGACAUUGUAUGAUUCACGAUGUUUUAUAUUUGGUGUGAACGCUCCAAAUUGUCCAGAAUUUAGCACUCCAUCAAAUUUCAAAUCUAGAGAUGUUUAUUAUUCUAGUGACAAUGAUCCUAAUCCUUCAGUUGAAAUGCAUUUGAAUGAAUUCUUGUCUUCUCUAUUUUGGGUUUUGGAUGCAAAAAGAUUAGAAAAAUCCAAAGAGAAGUUGGAUAAAGCUACAUUAUUGAUAGCUCCAUUUGAAAAGCGAAACAUAAUUGGAUUGGAUAUGGAAUCUAGAGCUAAUAAGAAACGUUGUAUGGGACGUGUUACUAAGCAUUUAGCUGAUUUAAAUCUCCAAACUGGAUUGUUACAUGACGCUCUAAAUUGUUAUCAUACCGCGACAGAUACAUUGCGUUCUUGUAAUGAUUGGCUUUGGCUCGGAGGUUGUUUGGAAGGAUUGUGUGCAACAUCAUUGAUGAUCUUACAACCUCAGAAUCAGCUUUCCAAAACCACAUUGCAACGAAAUGCUUCACUCCAAGAACGCCAUUCUAGAUUCAAGUUCCGACCGUUAUCAUCAAGUACAGGAUUUGCUUCUUUAGAUGAUAAUGCUGUUAGAUCUGUAAUACCUCAAAAUAUUCUUAACAUUGAUGAAAUAUAUAAAAGUUAUAGCGAAGCACUUAUACACUACAGUAAGUACUUAAACGCUGGUGUUGUACUGACUGAAGGAAGUUUGAAAGCAGCAAGGAUAGCAGUUGUUCACUCUCACUGUAUUCAUGUUCAUUAUUUUUUACAAAAUGUGUUACCUAUCAACUUGACUUUAACUGAUGAAGAAAAAAUACAACGUUUAAUGAAGUUGGCUGAACUAUAUUCUGAAAUCGGUUUUCAUCGUAAAGCAUCAUUUUUUCAUUGGCUUGCAUCAAAACGUUAUGUUUCUGCUAGCAAUCCAAACACGUCUUGGGAACAAUGUUAUCAACUACUGCUUCAAAUGUUGCCUGGUCACAAGUUGUCGUUGGACCCCAGUGACUAUGUACCUGGAGGACAAAUAGGUUGGCCUGAACUUCAGAGGCAGGUGGUCAAUGAAAUUGUAUUAGCUGCAAAACGAGUUGGAAAUGCUAGUUUGGCAACAAGGCAUUGUACAUUUUUACUGCAGACCAUGUGGUGGAUGAUGGAUAAAGCUGAAAGAAGUGGUUAUGCUACACAGUUGGCUGUGUUGUCUGCUCAAUGUGAAGGAUCCCCAGUGCCAUUAGUGUUGGAUAAUGGUUUAGUUAUACCACCCGCUAAUUUAUUAAAUAUACCUCAACCUGAGAAUUUCACUAUUCAGAAUUUAAAAGUAUUUUUAAGACCACAUAAACUAGUUAAGGUAAAGGAAGAUUUCGGACCAUUUUUAUUUACGCCUCUGAAAUUUGGAUCAAUGGAAAAAAAUAAUGUAAAAAGUAAUAAAAUGGAGUAUGUUUGGGUUAUUGAUGAGCCAUGUGAAGUUAUACUUGAACUCAGUAAUCCAUUGAACGUAGAAUUAGAAGUCACAAAUAUUCUUCUUUUGACUAAUGGUGCUGUUUUUGAAAGUAUUCCAUAUUCUGUGAACUUACCACCAGAAUGUAACUCUCAGAGUGUUGUUUUGACUGGUAUUCCUAAAGAAGUUGGUGAAAUAGAAAUUAAUGGUUAUUCAACACACACAUUGGGUGUAAAAUCGAAUUGCCGCUUAAAAAAUAUUCCAAAUGUGCCUGUAUCAAACUAUAAUGUUCAAGUUAUUCCUUCAAUGCCACAAAUGGAAGCACAAAUUUUAGAUGUAAAUGGAGAAUGUGUAUCAUCUGUUACAUUAUUUGCUGGCGAAAGUAUUGAUUACAAUCUUAAAUUAACAAAUGUUGGAUCAAUACCAAUAGAGCUGCUAGAAGUUUCCAUUGAAUCUACUAUUGAUCAGUCCUUAAAAAAAAACAUAAUUCAAAUAGAUACAAAAACUGUUACGGAUAGUUUACCAUUAGAUCCAAAGUCGGAAAUUAUCUUGAGUUUGCAAUUAAACGGUGCUUUGAACUUUUUGUCAAGUAGUCAGUUUCCCCUCCCAGAAUUAAAUAGUUUGAAGAGUAGCUUGACUACUUCAGGACCAAGUUCGUAUCCUUCUUUUCCUAGUCCUAGACAGAGAAAUGAUAGAUUUUCUCCUAUGACUGCCUCUUCUUUUCGAUCUGGAGAGAGCAGUUUAAAUUCAAAUAGUUCUAGGUACAGAAGUCCUACUGAUACAUCUUCAUUAAAAAUGCUUGAAUUUAAUAUUAAAGUGAAAUAUGCAGGAGGUGAAGGAAUGGUUGCUGGAUACUGUAGAGUAUUCCCAUGUAUAUUGUCAGUUAAUAUCCUUAACUCAGUUUUAGUGACAGGAUGGGAUGUUUUACAAGCAGAAACUGGAUCACAGUUUUAUUUGGUGUUGGAUGUUGUGAAUGUUACUAAUCAAGAGAUGGAACUUAAAUAUGCAACAAACAAAAGUAUUUUGAUGGAAGAGAAAGAAUCGUAUCGUAUUCCAGUUCCAGUAGACAGAUUUUUAAUUCAUAGUUUAGAACAAAUUUCUAAUAGUGAAGAUGGUCAAGUUGAAAUGGUUAUUAAAUGCAGUAAACAUAUUGCUGAACAAGUCUCAUUGAAAUGGUCAGUUACUUCUUGUGAUGAUUUACCAGCCAGGUGGGGCAUGGCAAAAUUGCAUGGGCUUACAUUGUGCCCUCAAAUGUUAGACAUUGUUUGCACAUCUCCAAUUUAUUGGGAAAUCAAUUUGAAUGAAGAAAAAAUUGUCAGCGAAUGUAACGAGAAACUAUCACCAGAGUCGUCACAGUUUAAUGUAGGCCAAUUAUUGAAAUUACAAGUUUGGGUACAUAACUCUUUAAGGUCUGCCUUAGAUGAGGUAACGUUAGAAUUAAAUUUCUAUCAAGAUUAUUUAAAUGGUACUACAAACUAUCAGCUCGGAAACAGAUUAGCCACCACAGGGUGUACUAAAACGUAUAAAUCAAAAGUUGAAGAACAAGACAGCAUGUAUCAUGAAUGUGGAGUGGUGUUUUUUUAUCCUGGUCAGUACAAAUUAAAUUUACAAUGUCAAACAUUAAAACAGCAUGUCUGGAAAUUAAUACCACCAUUGCAGUUAGAUAUAACAGCUUAAAAUGAAAAGUUAUGGAGUUUAUAUCAAGAAAAAUGGUACUGUAUAUAAAGGUCAAUGGGAAAGAGAUAUCUUGAUAAGUGUGGAUGAAAUUAUUUUUAAAGAUAAAACAAAGUUCUUGAAUGGCCUGUUGUCAAAAACACAUAAAUAUAUAAGUGGAAUUUUCUAUCUACCCAGUAUUGGAAAUGUAUAUCCAUUAUCAUUUAUUAACAAUUCUCCAGUGGGAUUGAUGAAAUUGAUCGAUAAAAAUGGAUUUAUGUGGCAAGGAAAUUGUGAAAAGAAUAAUGUUGUAUUGACUCCACUAAAUAAUGGCUCCAAACAUAAUCGUAGGAGUUUCUGUGAUGUAUAAAAUAUAAAUAUUAUGUCAAUUUGUUAUAAUGAAAAUUUUUAUUAUUUGAUAUUUACUGUUACUGAAGUGUUUUUUUGUUGUUUUUUUGUUAGCAUGUUAUAAUAGUACUAUAAUAGCCAGUUCUGUUAAACUAUUACUAAUAAUACCUAGUAGUAAUACCAUUAUAUUAAUAUCAUUUAUUAGUAGUAAUAGAAUAGUUUAAUUUAUCUAGCUGGCUCCACAUUAUGAUAUUAUUGUUAUAAACAAGAUUUCAUCAACAAUUUAAAAGUUUUAUAAGUUAGUACAUAAUUUUUAGUGGAAAUUAUACAUUUGAAUGGUCAGUAUUUAAGGUCUCUACGACAAUACAAUCUGGUCGUGAUAAACUUGUGGCAUUUAGUCAAUCGGGCUGUUAAAUGACAUGAUCACCUGACAAGACCCGACAGAAUUUUAGUCAGACCUAAUUUGGUCUAAUUUGCCCAAAUUAUCCUGUCGUACCGACCAGAUCAUAUUGUGUGUAAAGGGCUUAAACUUUUUAAAAACAAGAGUCAUCUGCUAAAAAAUGAAACAUUUUUCUGUUGAAGAGUAUUUUUUUAUAUUUUAUUAUUCAAUUAUAUAUUAUAAAUUGUCUAUGCCUAAUUAUUAAAAUUAUGUUGGUAACAGAUUGAUGUCAAAUUGAUGUCAAAAAUAAGGUAAAAGACGGGUUCGAUUCUCUGUAUGACAUCUAAAUAUUGAACUUAUUUUUUGUAUUUCUUCAUACACUAUGCAUCAAUUUUGAUUAGUUGUUUUUAAACUAUAUAAAUACAUUUUUAUAAUACAAGAUAUGACAUAAUAUUUGAGAUGACAAUAUAAAUUUAAUAAUAUAUGUAAGACUGAAGAGUGAAUUUGAUUUAAUGUAUACUGUGCAUAUAGCCGACAGACAACGUAUUACGAUGAAUCAAACAUUACGUAUUAUAAUAAUUAAUAAGAGAGAGACGGAGCUAGAUUGGUCGAAAUGAUAAGAUUGAAACGCAUGCCUAACUCAACUUGGUCUUUUUUGCAAAUAAAUCUGUACUUAAACCACAAAGUGAUAUUUAACAACUAUGAUUAAAAAUAUCAUCAAUUGUAAUGACAACGUAGUACUCGCAUAUUAUAUUAAACAUAUUUCUAUAGUAUCGCUAUAAUAUGCUCGUAUGUAAAGCACUUCUCAAGUUUAAAAUAUUUAAAAAUGGGUAAUUUAAUUUGAAGCAAAAGCUGGUUAUGGUCUACUUAGAAAUUUAUCGGACUCUUGUCGAUGGAAAUUGGAAUAGAAGCCGUUGAUUUUAGCUAUUUUAUUAAUUUAUGACCGAAAAUUAAAGUACAAAACAAAGACGGAGACUGUGCAGCUCUAGCCAUUAUCAUCUGCCGAGUGUCGACCAAUUUCAUUGAUUAGCUAAUAGCUACGAAACCCGUGGUACUACCUACUGAAUUCAUCGAUGGAUAAAAAUAAAUUGAAGAAGAACCAGGCUGAAGUGGAUAUACUUAUUAGUUAUUACUUAUUACCAUCGAAAUAAAGAAUACAUGUAAAAAACGUGGCGGUCAUCUUCUCAUUUAUCAAUCAGUGUACCUAAUGUUAUUUCUAUACAUUAGUUAUGAAAAAAUAUAAUUUUAGGAUAAAAGAGAAAAUGGCGCCUCCAUCCGAAAAUCAUUGUUUACAUUAAGUAUUUUCUUUGAUUUAAUCUUCUCUAUGUAAAAACAUAAUAUAAGGUAUCUGCUUUUUAUAGUGCUUUUUUACUUAUUAAGAUAAUUUGGUAAAACGAUGUUAACUUUUUAUGGUGUAAAUGUUUCAUUAUUUUUGAUUCACUAAACACCAUUAGAUUUUCGAAAUUAUUUAAGACUCGACAAUUAUUUAUUAUGGACGACGAAAUGUCAUUUUCUUCAACCCAGUUAAACGUGGAUACCAUCAAGAAAUUUCUACCGCAUAAAAAAACACCAGAUGCCAGAUACUUUAGCUUGCCAGACAACUUUGAACCAGGAUCAAUUGCAUUUGCAAAUUUCCCCGUUCAUCCUAAUAUGCGCAAGGUCAAGCCGAUUACUAAGAGACUUCAACAAUCUGGAUGGAAUCAUGACGAGGCAAAGAGGAUUUAUGUAAAAAAGACUAUGAAUUUGUAUCAUUGGACACAACCUGGUUUGCCAACGGAUUAUGUCCGAAAACUCAUAUCGGACAGUUGGGACAAUAUGUCAGAAGAAGAAAAACAAAUUUACGUUAAACAAGCAAACGGAGAGAAUGGGCCACUUAUGGUACACCCCCAUUUGUCAUUGAUGUACCAAUGCGGACAGCUUGGCGAAUUUGCCAGACGCUCAAAGUCAGAAUAAAGAGAAUAAAACAAAUGUCAACAAAUACAUUUUCAUUUACAAUUUUUCUGUUAUAAUAAAUAAACUUACUCGCCUAAAAUAUACGUUUUUCUAUUAUCUA